AUGGCUGAAUAUUCAGAUAUACUACAUAAUAAUCUAAAUAAUCAAAAUAAUCCAAAUGUUUAUGAGGAAAAUACUAAUUUACUUCCUCCUUCUUAUACAUCUUCAUUAGCUUAUAAGCUUCUUCCCUAUUCUUAUCCUUGCACUUAUUCUUAUCCGACGCAACCAAUGUUUUCCAAUGUUAAUUAUAAUCAAUUAUAUCCACCAUUUAGUCAAAUAUUUUCAGUACCAAUAUCUUAUGAUUUCAAUGAAAACAUGUACUAUAAUGGGAAUUGGAAUGGGAAUUGGAAUUGGAACUGGAACUGGAAUUGGAAUUCUCAGCGACAAUUGCAAUAUGAAUUACAAGAGCAACAUCGCCUAAGGCAGCUACAUUCACAAACAAAUUAUAAAGUCAACCUACAACUAAAGCCAAUAGAAUAUCGAGUUACAGAAGUGGAGACUAAUAUCUUUGAUGAAAUUGAUCAUGUAUUAUCGAGCACAAAUUCAGUUAAAGAAUCUAGUGUUUAUUCACUGUCAUCUGUAUAUCCUCAAGAACCUGAUAUGUCAUUUAGAGAAAAGGUUCAUAAAUGGUUAAAUAAUAUUCCUUAUUUUUAUGAAGGAGAUACAAUAAAUGUAGAAUGUUAUCGUCCUAAGGGUAACUAUACACUUCCAAUGGAUAAAUCCGAAUCAUUUGAUUUUUAUGAAUUAUCAUCCAAUGGUGAAAAGAUGGAAUUACAAGCUCGUGAUAUUACACGAUUAACAACUAAAAUAUAUUUGAAAGAAAUUGAACCUGUUUACUAUGAAGCCGUUGAACAAGAUACAUCUGGAGAUUAUCAAGUAGUUCAAUAUGAGGGUUUAGAGCAAAUGAUUCAACGAGAGGUACCCUUUGAACAAUAUAUACAAGAAUAUCAACAACAGAGUUAUGAUGAUUUACAAUACUGAACAUCACUAUUAAGAUUAAGAACACUUUUAUUUUAC